UUUGGCACGGUUUAAACGUUAGGUCCUUUUGAAAUGUGCCCGCCCUUUCGUUUCAGCGACCUUGAACGGCUUGAUUAGAGGCGGUCAUUCCGUAUUUCAAUUGCCGUGGGUUGGUUGGUUUGCAUGAGUAUCAAUUUUUUUCAUAUAUAAGUCAUCCUAUGCUACAUAAAAAGCACGAAAUAAAUAGCAAAACCAUUAAUUUAGCGUUCUCUGUUUUGUAGUGUGCACUUUGGCUCUGUUGUUGCUUUGUAAUUUGAUCUUUGAUCCCAACAAUUGUAGUAAAGCUAAACGAAAUGUCAAGUCACAGGUAAAUCUCAAGUAUUUGUAGUAUUUCCUUGGGUUAUUAUUGUUGCAAGGAAUAACUGUUUAAUAAUUAGUCAUGUCUGUUCUUAGUGCUUCAUCCUCAAGUGACAUUUCAGUCGACCUAACCGAUGCCUUUCGAAGUAUGAUACUGAACAAGCGUUUCGUGUUGUGGGAUGAUUUUGAAAGUGCCUUAAAAGAGUUCCAAAAAACUACUUAUACUCGUUACAUCCACACAGAAAGCAGAUUGCUGAAGGAUGUCAGGUUCAGAUACCUGUUUGUAUCGUUUAAUUGUACGUUUGGUCACAAACGGAAAUCGGAAGGUUUGAAAGUGAGGCAAAAAUCGUCUAAAUUCCGUAAUUGUCAAUCUAAAUUCCGUGUAAGACUGGAAGAGCAAGGAUAUGUCAUCAAAUCCUACAAGAUGAUACACAAUCAUCCAUGUAGUAGUUCAUGGAUGGUAUGUGAUCCAUGGACAAGGAGAUUAUCGUCAGAAGAAAAAGAGAACUUGAAGCCCGUAAUACUUCACUGUGAGUCAGCAGACGAAGUUAUCGAAAGUAUUAAGGAGAGAACUGGUAAGCAAGUAACUGCUGCCGAUGUCAAAGCUAUGAAAGCUACACUCUCCACUGGUUGUUGUACUCGGAAGCAAGUAAUGGAUAUGCUUAGACAAAAAGGCGAAGUGAGGGAGCAUUUAGAAAAUGGAUAUGCGACGAGAAUAUGUUUCAGUAGUUAUAACCAAAUACAACUCUAUAGGAAAUAUCCAGAAGUCGUGUGCAUUGAUUCUACGUAUAAUACUAAUAAUAAAAAGUGAAUAUGUUUAUCGUUGUGUUUUACUAUGUAGAUAUUCCUUAUUCCAGAUAGUGGUGACGGAUAAUUUCGGUCAACUAGAAGAAGUGUCGAAGAUCAAUUGAUAGCCGGAAGAUAUUAUAAAUAUAAUGCUCCACAACGUUUAAUACCCUUGCUAAAUAUUUUGACGCCAUUCGCAAGAUCUAAAGUGUUAUACGAGCUUAAACAAAUGCGUUUUGUCUACGUGGAAUAUGAAAGCGGCGACUGGUUGUUCAUGGUUGACCGUGGACAACAUUAUGAAGUCGAUAUAAGCAUUUGUCAAUGCAAUUGUAGCAUGUUUAUGAUGUGUCGAUAUCCCUGCCGUCACAUGCUACUUGCCUACGUUAAAAGAAGAAAUCUUACAGCUCAUCAACUUCUUAGGUAUUGUAGCAGAUGGAAGUUACACAAUACCCAGGACUUCCAAAAUUAUACAUUAACUGCAUUACCACGACGGAGUGAAGAGUAUGUAAGUAUUCAACGCAGCCAAAGAAUCCAUAAACAUCGCAUCAUUGAGAAGUAUGGUGAACGCUUCGCAACAGAAGUUGAGAAGAAAGUUGACAAUUAUUACUUAAGAAUUCUUAAUACCAACUUGUAAACUUGAUUUUCUGCUUUAGCAGCAACGAUUCUUCAAUAAACUUUCAUAAUUUCA